AUGAACUGGGCUUCUCAGUCCAGUCAGAACUCGGGCAUGUUACUCCUUGACUUCGAAAAAGCAUACGAUAGGAUUGAAUGGAGCUUCAUUCACAUGAUGCUUGAAGCUUUUGGUUUUCCUCCCUUCUUCUGCAAGGCUGUCAGUAUGCUUCUCCAGGAUGCUUGCGCCCAAAUUGACAUUAAUGGCUCCCUGUCUGAUACCUUUCCCUUGGGAAGGUCCAUACGGCAAGGCUGCCCUUUGGCCCCUGCUCUCUUCGCCAUUGCUUCUGAUGCUCUAUUUUAUCUUCUUAGAGAUAAUACACUUUCCCCUACUGUCCAAGGCAUAUCUCUCCCCAACAAUGAGGAGCUCAUCAACAGCCAAUUUGCUGAUGACACGGCUAUUUUCUUUAAAAAUACUGCUGAUAACUUUGAAAAUCUGCAAUCCAAGUUAAAGAUAUUCUGUAAAAUUUCUGGAGCUAAGAUUUCGCAUUCUAAGUCCAUCUGUCUGGGAUGGAAUGAACACCCCCCUGAAUGGUUUAAAAAUUAUGAAUUCCAAUGGGGAGGUCCCCAAAAGAUUGUGAAAUAUCUUGGCAUCCCCUUUGCCAUAAAUCCCUCACUGAAAGACAUGUGGCUUUGGGUCAAAGGUAAAAUCACUAAAAAAUUGAAUAUGUGGCAUAACCGUGCUAUUUCCUUUGCUGGUAGACUUCAGGUCUGCCAAAAAAUCUUAUCCUCUUACAACAUUUAUUACUCCUUUGCGUGGAUGUUUAGUAAUUACCAAAUUUUUGAGAUUCAGAAGGCUGUUAGAGAUUUUUUAUGGUCUGAUGGUCAAGGAAAAAAAAAAAUGCACUCUGUCCAAUGGAAAUGGUGUUGUACUGAUAAACUUACUGGAGGGCUGGGACUGAAAGACCUUAGGAUCCAGGGUAUAUCCCUAGCCGCCAAAUGGAUCUUUCACUCCAUGAAUGGAGAUGCCCCAUGGAAGAUUCUUGUUAGGAAUAAUAUUGAGAGAGGCUUUCCUACUAAGGCUAAAUUCUGGAAUAACAUGCCCUUUAAUGAUUUAGUCAUUGGUAACUUCCCCAUUUCAGUUCAAGGGUCGGAAGUUUUUAAAUCUAUCUGGAAAGCCUGGAAUAUUGUUAGACCAUUUAUUGUUAACAAGGGCUUUCAUGAUGAUACUCAAAUUUAUGGUGAAAGGUCCAUCUGGUGGAAUCUUAAACUUUCAGGGAAACCCCUUGCUCUUCUACAGGGCUGUUCUGCCAAACAUUGGGCCAGCAAAGGUAUCAUUAGCUUUAUUGACAUUUUUGAACAUGAUAAUUUAAUUAGCUGGGAGGAACUGAAAAAUACUUUUAGUCUCCCAAACUCUCAGAAAAAAACUUAUAACAUGAUUCUUAAAGCAACGCAAAAUCUCCCUCCUACCUGCCAUGUUGAUUCUCAAAGGUACUUACAAUGCAAAUGGUCGGAUGGGACCAUCCUAUCCAAGAUUAAAGCUAAUAACAUUUACAAAAUUCUUGCAUAUGAUGAUUCCAUCCGUGGCCAUAUUAACAAAAUCUGGUACUCCUCGCUGGAUGUUUCUUCUUGGAAGAAGUUUUUCGUUAUUCUUUGGAAAGGUUGGGUGGAACCCAAAAUUAAAUGCUUUAAAUGGCUCUUUAUUCUUGACAGACUUCCUAUUCAGAGAAAUAACCAUGAUAAUAAUCUUUGCAAAAUUUGUAAUCUUCCGGAAACCAGCAGACAUAUCUUCUUUGAUUGUUCUUUUGCUAGAAAUAUUUGGAAUCUUUUUGGCAUAUACUACCCUACUCAUGUUUCCAUUAUUGAAAUUGUUACUGGUUAUAUUAAAGGUCUCAAAGCUGAUUCUAAUAUUUUUUGGAAUAUUUUAUCUUCUAACAUAUUAUGGCAGAUCUGGAAAUGCAGAAAUGAAGAGAAAUUCCAGGACACUCCCCGGGUUCUUACUGAGUUUUUUCUUAAACUCACAUCUUUAAAAAUUUCCUUGCAGGUGCACACCACUAUGAUGAUGGAUCAUAAGAAACUUUGUAGAUUUCUUCAGGACGGACAUGCCACCUUUUUUGCUUUCGAACUCAAGAAUGGACAUGAAUGGAGGAGAAACCUGGAUAACCUUCAAGUGUUUGAGAAGACUUUGGAUAAAGUGAGCAAAGAAAUCAAGAGAAACAGAAACUCCAAGAAAGACAUCUUAGCCAUGCUUCCGGAAAUUCCAAAUAAGAAAAAAUUUGCAUGGAUGGAAGGAGAACAGGGCUGGACCACCUGGGUCGAUAUCACUGAUGGACACCUCCAUUAG